AAAAAUCGCCGAUGAAUUAAUUUCAAUCUUUAAAUUUAACUAAUGUAACCAAUUACCUAACGGAACAAAAAUGCGAUUUCUUGCUACGAUUUUUUCUUUUUGCCUAAUUAUUAAUUUUUGCAUAUCUGAAGAGGAGUUUUUUACCAUAAAUGGAAAGAAAGUUUUAAAUAUAGUUAGUGAAAGAUUUUUAAGUUUUUCUUUGGACCCGGUUGUGCUGCUUACAGGUCUAAAUUUAAGCGAUUCUUCUCUGCAACUUGCUAAACACCUUUCGCCAGCUUUCAUCCGAUUGGCGGGUCCAUCGACGGAAUUCGUUAAAUACAUCGAUAACGAGUACGAUUACGAUGGCGCGAAGGACGGCAACAACGCCACAAACGUCAUCGUUACCCCGUCGAUGUGGUUCGGGGUCAACGAGUGGCUUUCGUUGGCCAACUUGACCCCCGUCUUCGGGAUCAACGAUCUCGAGACCGACGGGGGUAAAUGGGACCCGAAGAGCACGGUGCAGCUGUUGGAGCUGUCCGAUAAGCUGAAUGUUUCGUGUUUUUGGCAGCUAGGAUUCGACUGUUCAAAUAAGGGCGAACCUCAAUACAAGGAAGAUAUACAAACUCUUCACAAAACCCUGGAAAAAUUCCCGGAAAAAACCGGAAUCUGGAGAAUCGUAGCCAGCGAUUUGAGCAGAUGCCAGAGCCAAGAUAGCCUGGACAAUCUCAAAAGAACCCUCAAUGAUAUCGAAGACAUGGCUGAUGUCGUCAUGUGGGAACCAAAAAUGUCCAAUAAGAAAGAUUUGAUGUCGAAAAUUUUGCCCAACACCGAAAGUAAGCUGCAGUUUUGGACGACAACUCCAAAGGAUUUGAGGCCUGUUAAUUUUUCAACUGCCAUAUUAUGGGCGCAGCAAAUUGGUGACUCGGCCAAAACUGGUUACAGUGUGACUUUAAGGCAGCCCAGGCUACACGAAAUGUUUUCUGUAACACCUGUAUACUGGACGUCAUUAUUGCACAAAACUUUUAUGGGUAGAGUGGUUCUGGACAUCAAAAAACCUUUCUCUUUCACCAACGCCCACGUAUACGCUCAUUGCACCAAAAAACAGAACCAAUUCGUAAGAAGAGGUGCCAUGACUGUCAUGAUAGUCAAUAAUCAGAGUGAAGCUUACACCGCUUUUGUGCGACUCGGAAACCCUUACUUGAAAAACAUCGAAAUACAAACAUACCUACUGACAUCUCCGAACGAAAAUUCAACUGAGGUGUUCUUGAACGGUAAUCUCCUCGACGAAAAACUUCUGAAAGAACCUAAAGUGACCAUCACCCCGAAACUUCGCAGAGCCAACGCAGCCAAACCAAUAAACCUUGAAGUUCCCCCGAAAUCAAUUGCCUUCUUUGUGCUCCCAGGCGCAAAAAUUCCCGCCUGCAUUAAGUACGAGGAAACCGAGCAAGAACUAAUCAAGGAAAUCGAUCAGGAUCAGCAGCUGCCGCUGUCGGAAGAGUUGGGUUUAAAAAAGAAGAAAGUUAAGUCGAGGAGUUCGUUUCAUACUCUAAGGGACUUGCAGAGCUUGUUGGAGAAGGAGUUGCACUCCGAUGAGCAGUACUAUAAAAAGAGUAGGGGUUACAGACCUGACAUAUUGGGUAGUAGGAUGUUGAUGAAUAACGACAAAAAUAGGGUGGCGAUGGAGAAACCGUCGGAGGCGGCUAGGAAUCUCUUCAUCGAAAGAGUCAAGUUGGCGGAAAAACUUAAAAAACCGAAAGACUUCGACUUCAAGUUCGACAACAUUCUAAAGGAGUUGGGGAAACUACAGCACGGUGGCGACUUACUUCGCCAGGAAAAACCUAAAAUUACAACCCUAGACUUAUCCAGCUCCGAAACGACUAAAAUCCUGAGAGACAGAGCUAGAAUAAAGGCAGCCAGGAAGAACGUGAUGUUUACUAGCAAAGAGUUGGACGAGUUAUUCUCGCGAUCGAACAAAAACAGCAAAUACCCCAAGUUCAAAAGAAGUCUGCCCAAAAACCCUCUGGACACCCUCAAAAUGAAAUGGGAAGAGCAGAAAGACAACUGGAUAGUCAAGGCGCAUGAUUUGAAGGAGCAAUACGAAGAACAACUGGAAAGGCUUAGAGGCAACGAUUUCAAUUCGAACUUCGAAAAACUUCGCAUGAAGUACAACCCGACGCCGUUCAACAACUUCAAUCUGCUGAAGAAUAAAUAUUCCCCCAGAUAUAGAAGAUCCGUGGAUUUUGAAACGCACUGGAACAACUUGAAGGAACAGUUGCAAGGAAAGCAGAGCGACGUUUUGGGCAUCGACAAUCUGAUGGAUAAAAUCGACGAGCAAAGGGAGAAAAUCAAGAUGACGCUGGAACUUGACGCGCUUCAACGCAGAUUCGUCGAAGCGAAGGAUAAAAUUCUCGAGGCCAUUAAUUUGGACGACAUCAAGUCCAAGGUGCAGGAUGCGCAUGCCGCAGUGUUGAAGCAGAUUGACGGCGAUUGGAAGCAAAAAUUCGAAGACGCCAAGGACAAAAUACUGCAAAGCGUCAACAUCGACGACUUAAAGGACAAAGUGAUGUCGACCUGGGACGACCAGAAGGAGAAGUUGUUGAGCAGUUCCCGACAAUUCUUCAGAAGGAAGAGGGCGGUCAAUACAGACAAGUUGGAUGCCUUGAAGUCGAAGAUGCAGAGAAUGCAAAGGGCCAGUUUGUUGAGGAGUAGGUUGAGGAAAAACAUCAGCCCUCUGAGGCGCGUCAAGAAGGAGAUUAACAUGAAUUUGUUGAACCUUAAAUCUCGCGCGGAUACCUUUAAAAUACCCUCAUUCAAAACCAAGUCGGGGUUACUACAAAAACCUUUGGAAAUCGAUACCAGGACCAGUGAAGAAUUCAUGUCGAGUUCCGACGAGAUAAAAUUUAACGACCAAAAACCCCGCGGUAUGAUAGUAGCCCCGAAAACUAGGAAACCCAUUUCCGCCCUGGAUCUGUUCAAAACCAAAGCUAGGUUAUCGCACAAACCAAAACCCAACCAACAUUCGUGCGAGGAGGAAAUAUUUGGCAGAGGUUUGGCUCACGUGAACGGCAAGGAUCUUUUCGAUGACAAAAAAGACCGAGAACUGGACGACUGCAUAAAACACUUCAACGAGAAAAAUUCCAACGCAAACGUCUUGACGACGCGCCUGUCGGACUACCUGAGGAACCCGCUGGGCAUGCAGAAAAUCGAGGACAUGGAUCUGUCUUUGUACGACGACGUUUUCCGCAAGAAGCGCGACGCAGAGAAGGAAGUCACGCCGGAAGAAGUGGAAGACCGCAAAACCGCCCUGCAGAAGAAAAUAGCCGAUCUGCACGAGCAAAUGGCCAGCGAUCGCAAGCAACUCCAAGAAGAUAGAAGAAAGUUGCAGGAGGAGAGGAAGAUCGCCCUCAACGAAAGGCUGCAGAAAAUGCACAGCCUCAGUACGAACAUGGACAGGAAAAUUGUGGGCUUGACGAAGAAUACCGUCGAUAACGACAAACUCAAGAAACUCGACGAGUUGAAAACGAAACUACUAAGCUCGAGGUUUAGGAAGGACCCCGACAACAUUGUGGGCGCCGCACAAAUUGAGACAGCCACUGAUAAAACAAUGGAAAAAAUGGCGCAGUUUAAAGUAGCUCAACCCACUCUCGAGGAACUGAGGCAAAGAAGAACCGAAAUGUUGAAAGCGAUGCAGGAAAAAUUAAGCAAGACGAAUAAAAACGUAAAUAUAAGUAGCAGGCUGGGCGAUAUGGGGUUGGAAAAUAUGGACAGCCAAAAAGUGAUGGAGGAUUUGAAGAAAUCGCAGGAUCAAAUUUUAGGGGAAAUAGAACAAAAGAGGAAACAAAUUCAGAAGGAAGCGAGCUUGAGGGAAAUCGACUUUCUCAAGAAACGCUUGGAAAGUAGACAACAGCUUUUGGAUAAACUUACAGGGGGCGACAAGGAAGACCCUGAAACUCCAGAAGAUCAUGUCAAAGUUGGAGAAAUAGAAAAUGAGCCCACAUCAUCAACCGUUGGACCUUUAUUCAAGCCUUUAAUGACUACCGCUAAAAGUGUCGAGUUAGCUACAGAAAGUUCAAAACCAAGUCAAGUUUUGGCCAAGCCAGAGUUAAAUUUGAAGAGCUUGCAAAAUACCAAGCUUCCAGAGCAAUUUAAAAUGAAGAACAAUUUAUUAAAUGUUAAGGCUGUUGAUGGAGGUACGAAAAAGGAAGAGAAACUUGGAUUUAAACUAAAACCUGAAGGAACAAAAUCAAUCACUGAAGAGCCAGAAAAAAAGGAUGCAAAGGAUGAAAACCAGGCAGAAGAUCCUAUUAUAACCUCUAUACACACUUUGAGCGACAUUAAAGAUGAGAAUAAUGAUAAACCUAUCACAAAAGAAGCUGAAACGACAACAAAAAGUAUUGCUGUUGAAGAUGAUAAAAUAAUAAGGGUUAAGAUGGCGAAUAACGGUCGGUAUACUGAAGACAAAAUUAAGGUUGAGCCUAAUACCAAACUUGUGGAUAAAUUGGCAGCUAUGGAGGAUAAGGUGGAAGAAAAAAUGGAGAAAACAGUGCAAGCGAAUACUGUAAAAGAAGGCACCACGCCACUUCAAGAGUUGGUGAAAGUGGGGUCGGACGUGGCCAAGCAACUUGAAGAAAAGGUUGACAAAAAAACCAAGAGGUCGAUUACAGUGAACGGCAAAACUUUUGGGGACUACAAAUCCAAGACUUUGAAUCUGCGAAAAUGGAGGCCAGAGGAUAUGCUUACCCUACCGAGGGUGCACAUGAUGAGUAGAAGCAGUUUUAAGCCCGAGGAAGACAAUAAUAUAUACAGGAGCUUCACGAGCUACAACAGAAAAAAUAACAACCUAAAGUCGAAGAGAAGCCUUGAUAUGGAUGCUGAUUCGAGAGAAAAUGACAUUGAUAAUACAAUAAAUGAGAUCACGAAAAGUGAAUCGGAAAAUACUGACACCAUACUCAAAAACAACAAUGUCGAAAAAACCAACAAAAUUUCAAAAAAUGCAGAAACUCCUUCAAUAACCGUUGUGGAUGAUCGCGACUACAAACUCAAAAGCUUUAACGAUGUCAAAGAAAAUAACUCGAUUGCAAAAGUUGAGCCGAGGCAGCAGUCGUACGAGUACAUACAAAAGAUUCUGCCCAAAGAUGAGCAAAAAGCCAUCACAAAGUUUUUCAGCAAUUUAAAAGGUUUAUUGCAGAGUAUCGGCAAAAAGUUGGAGACCUCCUUCAAAAGUAUGUUUAACUAGGUUUAAAGAAUGUUUUGUAAUUUUUAUACUUUAGGAAUACGGUUAAGGUUAAAUAAAGAAAUAAAACAAA